AAACCAUUUUAUCUAAUCAACGGCAUGCUGCACGUCAUGAAUGCUCAGACUCACUUAGUCUCGCCUGCCUGUGUGUUGCCCCGUCACUCUCAUUGUGCUGAUGCCAUUUGGUUGUGCGUGACCGUGUCUGAAGCUGGCGUACAGGUCCUUCAGGCCCUCCCGCUCCCGCUGGAGACGCCUCCGUCUCCGCCUCCUCCGGCACCGUCCUCCACCCCUCCCCCACCACCACCACCUCCACCACCACCAUCCCCACCACCACCACCUCCACCACCACCACCACCACCACAGGUUGCGGCCGCUCCGCCGACGGUCGGGCUUCCUGCUCGGGCUCCGGCGCAGACCAGGGUGGAGCCUCGUGGCGUCUCCGUGGAGGAGACGCCGUGCGGGGAGGCCACCCUGGCACCGGAGCCGAAGAAGAGGAGGAAGAUGACGACGGGCGACGCGGAGCAGUCGGCAACGCCCGCUCCUGCUCGGGCUGAGACCCGGUUGCCUGAGGGCUGGCGGACAGCCCUCACCGGGGAAGAGCAGGAGUGGAUCGGCCGGGCGCUGUUUCAGCAGACCAGCGGGGGGUCCCUCAAGCUCACCACGGACCUCAAGCUGUGUUGGGACCCCCCCCAGCCCCGGCUGAACUAUUCUCAGCCACCCGCCUCGGCGGCUACCUUCUUCGCGUGUCGGUUGUUCCUCUGGGCGCCCCUGCACAUGUGGGGUCCCCGGCCGACAUGCUGCGAGAAGCAUCUCACCAAGUGUGGGAUGUACAAGACCAUCCGGAAGGUCUUGGACAUCGACGGCUGGUACUUGAUGGCCACCGAGUACCUGGAGUGCCGUCGGUGUCGGAGGAAGGUAGCUGCCUGGUCGCAGGAGGUCGUGAGGCAGCUGGGAGAGGGGCAUCGCGCCCUCUUCCCGGCGAUCCUCACCUACAAGCUUGCCUGCGACCGGCGGGUCAUCAUCCAGCUGCGUGAGCGUACUCGGGGGAACAGCGCCACGCAGCUGCAAAAGAAACUCUGUGAGGCACACACAGAGGCCUGGAUGCGGCGGUCCAUACACUACCUCAGCGUCAUGGAGCCCUUCACGUCGACGGGUGUCGUGCGCCAGUGCACCCCACCGCCGAAACCAUCGCCAGACGUGCCGCAGUACGGCUGGCUGUUGGUGUUGUACUGCCACGACAUCCUGUCUCGCCUGGAGGACGUGAAGGCCCGGGUCACCUCAGUCUUCGGAUCCAUCCUAAAGAUGGAUUCGACCAAGAAGGUGACCCGGAAGCUCGCCGGUGCCGCCGCCCAUACCGCAGCCUGGGCGACCAACGUGGGCAACGAGCACGGGCAGGUGCUAAUGUCCGUGCUCACGGCCACCGAGGGGGGUGGCCUGUUGCCCAUGGCUGCGGGGUUAAUGAGGCGGUACCGGGACGCUGGGGUAGCGCAGCCUCGCGUCCUCUAUGUCGACCGGGACUGCUGUUCGUCCCACGGGGGGUCUAAGGCAGCUGCUGCGUUCCAGGAGCGGACCUCCAGGACAAGCUGGUGGUCCGGUUGGACAUUUGGCACCUGAUGCGACGCUACGCAUCAGGUGUCACAACCGAGAGCCACCAGCUGUACAAGCCCUUCCUGCAGCAGCUGUCUGCCAGUAUCUUCCUGUGGGACCCA